AUGAAGCCUGUUGCCGUACUGAAAGUGAGUAUGAAAUCCGCUUUGUGUGUCACUUCGGUCUUGACGAUUCUUUUGUUGCAGACGCUUGAAGAAAAACUAUUGUGCGGCAUAUGUCAUGGACCAUUUGUGACUGCUAUGAUGACGCCGUGUUCCCAUAAUUACUGUUCACUGUGCAUUCGGAAACACCUUUCGAAGAGCAGCAGGUGUCCUAUCUGUCAGCAAGAUAUUGUAGUUCGAGAACUUCGCAACAACCGAUUGCUCGAUGAGUUGCUGGCUGACAUCAGUUCGCUCAAUCAGCCCGCGAUUCCCGUGGUCGAGAACGUGGAAGUUUCUACCGUACAGGACAAGCACACGUCAGCCGAAAAGAGGCUAAAUCAGCCGAAGAAUCCAGAGAAAUGUCCCACGGCUGCAGUUCCUUCCACGUCGACAGCUCCGAAUGAUUCUCUCUCUCAGUCUCCAACUGCGAUGCAGCAAAAGGUGGCUUGUCCCGUUUGCUCGAAGAUGAUGGCGGAGAAAAAUAUCAACAUUCAUCUAGAUCGGUGCUUGUCUGGCAGUCCAUCUCGAAGUAAAACAGCAGCCAAUGCGGAAAGUAGUGCCUGCGCUUUUUCUCUUCUCAGAAGGCAGCAAUCCCCGAAGAAGAAACCCCAAUCCCUGAAUUCCGUGGCUAAACGACGACCGAUGGCAAAGCUCGUUUACUCCAUAAUGUCCGAGAAGGAACUUCGUAAACAAUGCCGCAAAAUCGGAUUAAGUGAUAAAGGCAGUAAGCAAAUUCUUCAAGAUCGUCAUCAGAAAUUUGUGUUGCUGUAUAACGCGGACUGCGAUCGUUUGAAUCCUACACCGGUUGAGGAAUUGAUCAAACGAGUCGAAGAAGAUGAGCGAGACCUCGUGAAUGCCGCUUCCGUGCCUGGCACUUCUGCAUCAGCAGCGCAGUCUUCCCGCAUAUUCUCUGUGGACCGAACAAAUUCCGAUCCACGAAGCAUCGAACGUGAACGCAUCGAAUAUUUGAAGAAGCAUAAUCACCAUUUUAAUAGCUUGAUCGAAGAAGCUCGAAAUCGGAUGGAAGUAGCGGCUAAAAAAGCUGUGAAGGAAGUCGAAGAGCAAGAACCACGACGAUCUUCUUUCAAGAAACCGGACUCCGCAAACCAGUCAAGAACUUCCAAAGAAGGAUUGCGAGUCCAGUUUGCUGGUGAACCCCAGAUUGUUGCAUAUAGCAACGAUACUCCUUCUAGUGAAAAGUUUUACAUCCCGGAAUCUGACGACGAUACAGGAAGCGAUCUUUUCAUUUGUGACAAUAGCAACGAGGAGAAGAACAUGACAUUGCAUGACAUUGAAGACAUGUCUCCAAGUCCUGUGUUGGUACCGAUGGAAUCGAAGUCCAUUUUAACGUCAGAUUUAUCUUCGAAAAUGAUAAAUUUAACCAAGAUUCUCACUCCUGAUGAGAAUAGUUUACCGUGUUAUCAGAUGCCUCCGUCUUCGCUUCCAUCGGAGGAUGCGCUUGAUGAUUCUUCGCUGAUGCCGGUUAUUUCCAUUCAGUUAGAAGAAACUUGCGAUGAAACGAACGACGAGCCGGUUUCAAAAAAUCUGAAGCGUCGGAGGCAUAACGUUGGGCCACGGGCGAAGCAAGCUAAAAAGCAAGGGAAACCUUUGCUUGAAGAAGUUUCGGAUGUCCGAAGCGACGAAGUUGAUGAUGAUUUUGUUUCUCCGUGUCCUCCAGUGAAACGUUCAAAAGUUUCUAGACAAAAGAAAGAAGUUACAAAGAAGAAGGAAACGAAUGAAGAACGAGUAUUGCGAGAAGCAUUCGAGAAUGUGGGACCUGACGUAUUUGAAAAUUCCAUGAGUUCGAGCCGACCAAAGCGGUCCACCAGAAAAGUUAACGUGUGA